UUAUUAUUAUUAUUAUUUUUUUUUUUUGGCUUGCCAGCAAAGUGUGGCUCGCUGAAACGCAGCGAGCUACGAGGAGUCGGCGUGUAGUGCGCGGUGUGCGAGUUUCGCAAGCGAUGGCCUUGUGCUUUGGCGCGCGCGCGAUUGCUGGGAUGGUCUAAGCGCCAUCGAGGUGUUUUAAUGGCGGCGCCGUUGCACGCACGUGCAGGCUCCGAUGAUGCAAGAGCUGCUGCGUCCAUCUCUCUCGCGCGUUUCGCGUGUACCUCGCCCUUUGAAAGGGUACGCGUUUUUCCUUUUGGGGAUGUCUUAACGGUCUGUAAGUUUAGAUUGGGCCAGCCUGCUGUCACCGUUUACAAAGUGCGACUUUCAAAAUGCGCCGCACCUGUUCAACAGGGCAUUCACAAAUUUACUUUUCAGAGCACGCUGCACUGCAAGUCGGGACUGCGGGAUAUCGUCCGUGCGAACGACGCUUUCUUGGCCUUGACUUCGCAAGGCGUGUGGACCGUACCACUAGGCGAAGUGAGUGACAGGCAUUUCCUGCUAGGGCCAUGCUCAGCUUGCGCCCUUCCUUGGGGUGGGCUCGUGGCUGCAUACACCGUGCGUCCAGGCUCUUGGGAGCUGCUCGUCAAUGGCAAGGGACCCCCUGUGUGGCGCGUGACAUGCCACAGGCAGCAUCUUCCAUCUUCAGAGAAUGCAGGUCCUGUGCUAUGGUGUGCCAGGCUUCUGGAAAGUCAGCACCAUGCGAGAUACAACUAUUCAACGCCUGGAAGCUCGCUCAUUCUGUCAAAGCCUCUCUCACAGCUUCUGGGUUUGAGGCAAAGCGACCUCCUUGAUCAGCUGGCAGAUGUAGAGGAGCCAAGUUCCGGCGUGCUGCUAGUGGGAUUGCCGGAUGGCCGUGUCCUAAGCACUCUGCUGCAUGCUGGCCAUCCUCAUGAACCAUAUAGGGCCCGUAUGGUUUGUGACUUGGGCCAGCCAGUGGCUGCCAUCUCCUGCUGGCAACCUGAACAUCUCGGGAACAAGGACUGCGAGGUGCUCAUCAUUGGCACCAGAGGCAAAGUGCUGAGCAGCUGCAAUGGAGCUUGGCUGGAGGCCUGGGCACCUAACAUUCUCGAAGAAGCAUACGACCUCUGCCUGAAUGGAGCUCUUAUCCAUUGGCUGCACAAGGGAAUUCCCUGGGAGGCACACUUGGCCAUUGGGCGGCAGUCCCCACAGGAGUCUGCUUUCCUCCAGGUCAAAGCAGGACCACUGCCUCUGGGAAAGGCUGUGUCAAUUCAGAGCCUUGGAUCCUCAGUCUUGACCAAGCUGCACGGUAAAGCAAGUACAAGCGAAAGUAAGCUGAGCCAGGAUGCCACUGGCCUCCUUAUCCUGGACGGCUGCGGAGGCGUGCGCUUGGUAUCGCCCCUGCCUUCACGACGCCUUUCGCUGCAGGGUCUGCAUCCGCACCCUGUCGUGCAAGCCAAGAAUGAGCUGCUGUUUGUCCAGGCGGCUUUGCAGCAGCUGCGACAGCUACAGCAUCGCGCCAUACCAGUCGUCGCUGAGCGUGACGUCCAAGAUGGUCGCUUGGUCGCCACUUUUUCGGAUUCUGCGGCCUCCAACUGGAUUCACGUUGCCAGCUUUGAUGUUGGUGACCGCACCAUUUGCCGGUCUGCUGCUACUUCUCCAGCUACAGGAGGAGGGCCCCUGAAAUUACGUGUCAAGUGCAAUACUGCUGCAGUGGCCACCAUGGCAUUGGUGCUGCCAUCUAGGGAAACCACAGGAAAACCUGUGCUAACUCUGCUGAAGACGACAGUGCUUCCAUCGCAAACCUGCCUCAAGGAGGGGCCAGCACAGAAGACAGCUGUGCUCACUGUGGCAAGCCACUUGGUUUCCAGUGGCUCCGGAGGUGUGACCCAGUUCACAGAGCGCCUCGGACUCCAGGCAUGGCCUGCCCACCUGCAAUCUGUGGGUCAGGGUGUCUUUUCAUUAGAGCUGGAGUUGCCUGGGAGCCAUUGGUGGCCAGCAUUGAGAGCAGAAACACUGCUACGCAUGCUUGACAUGGUGAAAGACCACGACGACACCAGAGCCAUGCCCAACGUGAAAGUCGGGGAGCGAGUUGAGAUGGCUUGUCGAGAAGUUGAGCGGCUGCUGUCUGCGGGGGACACCUUAGAAGCAUACAAUGCGUGGAGAACACGGCUGGGGAUGGCUUUUCCUGUUGCUUAGAUGCUUGGUGUUGCAACAGUUUCAGAUGGUGUGCCUUGAAGAAUGGUGUUAGGUUUGCAAGAUGUGCAAGAGUGAACGAGUUCGUGUGGGUCCCCAUUAUGUACAGGUGUUUAAAAUUUCUGUAACAAACAGUUUUGUAUUUU